AGUGUGAGAGAGAGGGUGUGAAAGAGCACCAGAAGAUUGUGUGUGUUUGAGAGAGAGAGAGAGAGGGGGGGGGUGACAAACACGUAAAGGCUGCUGCUGUUGGUGGGAGGAGAGAUGAAGAGCAGGAGGAGGAGGAGAAGCUGAGGCAGCCGAUCGUCCCAGACCAAGUCACAGCUGGACAGCACGCUAACUUCCUCCAACGCCACACAGACACGGUCUGCAGGAGAGGAGCUGCACAGAAAAACUUUUCCAGGAAUGAUGGGGAGAAGGACUCAAGCCUGAGAGAACAGAAUUUGAACAUUUCUUUAAAAGAUUCUUAAUCAUUUCAUAAAGUUGUUUUCCAGAGAGGGAGUUUGCAACAUUGCAUUUUUCUUUUGAGGUGCAGCCUUCACUUAGCUGAGCCGUCUUUACUGUUUGACUGCUCUCUCUCUCUCCCUCUCUCUCUCUGUCUCCCUCUCUCUCUCUCUCUCUCUCUCUCUCUCUUUAACACACUCUCUUGCUCGCUCGCUUUGGAAGUCUUAAUUCACCAUUUGCGUUUAUCUUAUUUCCUCAGCGCUCUCUGAAAAGCAGCAUUAAAAGGCUUCAUUCAAAGCCCUCUGUGCCCGCUUGAUAAUGCUCCCCAAGCUUCUGCCUUGAGACUCAACAGUUCCUGUGCUGACACAGAAACCACUCUCACUCUCUCUCUCUCACUCACUCUUUCACUCUCUCUGGGGACUUAAAGAAAGACUUGCAAUUCUCAUUCCAUUUGCUCUGCCCUGGAGAUUGACUGAGCGUUCUGAAUCUGGACGUCAAGAACGGGAAGGACAGUGGUGAGGUGAGGUGAGCGGGUUGGAUCCUUGGGGAUGGGAGAAUGAUUGCCGGAUUCAGCGCCAUAAACGGACACAUUAGCGGCCAGUGCCGGGUCGUGGGCUCGGGCGGGCUGCUGGCCGCACCGCAGGUCGCCACUCAGGCCAGUCGGGAGAUUGGCGUGACCCCUGACCUGUGUCUGCAUUUUCAGGGUCAGCACUUCAAUGGGCAUCCUCAGUCUACAUGUACGGUGGUGGGUGGAAUCGCCGCCUGCAUUAAACCCGCACUACCACCACCACCACCACCCCCUGCGCUGCCACCACAAGCACUGUCAGCACCGGCUCUGCCCCUGUCGCAGUCUACGCCUGUGCCCCCUGCUGCGCCCCCCAAACCGGGGCAGGGGGGCUUCAAGAAGGUGUGCCGCAUGGAGGAGGCGUCUCCGUGCCCAUUCCCGGGGCUGGCCGCCGGCGUGCUCCACAUGCGGGUAAAGGAGGGCAGCAAGAUUCGGAACCUCAUGGGCUUCGCCAUGGCCCGCAUGCAGGGGCCGACCGGGACCGAAACCGCGCCAGGGCUCUGUGGCGGAACCGGGAGCUCAGCGUCCGCCGGAUCAGCCGUGUCCGCUGCCGGCUCCGCGGGCCUGAGACAGGUGGUGUUCUCCGGGUCUGGCCGUGCCGUCACCAAGACCAUCACGUGCGCGGAGAUCAUGAAACGCAAGCUGGGCGGACUCCACCAGCUCACCAAACUCUGCUACAAGGGCGUGCGCGAAGUCUGGGAAAGCCAGGAGCCCGCUGCUGCUGCUGCUGGUGGCAGUGGUGCUGGCAACGGCACCUCCUCCGAGAUGACCGUGCAUCGGACCGUGCCGUCCAUCAGCAUCCUGCUCUCCAAGGACCCACUGGACCCCUGCGAGCCGGGCUACCAGCCCCCCGAGACGCUCAGCGCGCUGUGGGGAGAGCGGGAGGAGCAGGGGGGGGCCCCCUCCCAGGCGGUGACUAAGAGAGCCAUGCUGCUGGAGCCCCUGGUGCAGGCUGGCCAGCCUGUCGCUAAGAGGCUGUGUGUGAGGGCAGCGGUCCCGCUAUGCUGCCCUGCAGACUGAUGGAACAGGAUAAGAGGAAGAUGAGGGGCGGAGAAGAGCUAAAUGGCGAUCUCCCCCUACACACACACACACACACACACACAUUCACAUACACACAUACACACUGUACAGACAU